GGUGACUUCCGCCAUCUUGCUGCACUGGCAUCAUGGGGCGCAUGAAUGUUCUGGCCGAUGCCCUUAAGAGCAUCAACAGUGCAGAGAAACGUGGAAAACGUCAAGUUCUCAUUAGACCGUGCUCUAAAGUAAUCGUGCGGUUUUUAACUGUGAUGAUGAAGCAUGGUUACAUUGGUGAAUUUGAGAUCAUUGAUGAUCACAGAGCUGGGAAAAUUGUUGUUAAUCUGACAGGCAGACUGAACAAGUGUGGUGUGAUCAGUCCCAGAUUUGAUGUUCAGUUGAAGGACCUGGAAAAGUGGCAGAACAACCUUUUGCCUUCACGUCAGUUUGGGUACAUAGUGCUGACAACUUCCGCUGGCAUCAUGGACCAUGAGGAAGCAAGGCGAAAACACACAGGAGGCAAAAUCCUGGGAUUCUUUUUCUAAAACUUGUAAAAGAGGCAUACUAAUAAAUUGUUCAAAUGGAAGAAAA